AUGACCAAGGUGAGGAAACCCCAUCAGAGGAGCCGUCCUCUCCCGGAGCAGCAGACCAACCGUGGCCGCCCGGGCACCGACACAAGGAUCCCCAUAGGAGGCGCUGCAGAGACACCACACCUCCACUUGGGCACCCACAGGACAGCACCCAUACAGCCACAGCCUCAGUUUGAGGUUGGAGAACCGUUGAGGAAGCCCUUUUAUUUGUCCCGAAUCUCCCGAAGUGAAACUUGGUCAGGUCUUUUUGUGAGGCCGUGA